UGAUAUUUUGAAAAUAAAACUUUUAUUUUGCAUUUUUCGGUUUUAGAACUACAGCUUUUAAAAUAAUCACGUUCCGAAACAAAAUAGACUAAAACUUCUCAACCCAAACUAAAAUAUCACCCGUCUUAAUUUUUUAUUUUGUUGGUAAAAGACAUUGAUUAAUAGAGUCGUCAUAAUCAUAUUAAUACAGUUUUGCUAUGUUUUCUUAAUUCUUCUUCUGAAUGACUAUCAUCUAGAUCGUUUUCUCUUUUCAAAUAUUUAUGAAUUCGUUUGGAAUGAUUUACUAUACUGGAGUUACAACUUACAAAUGAUGGUAUGUUAGCUACAUGAAUCUUCAUUGAUUAUGAUAAUUGACCACUCGGGAUAAUAAUAAUAAUAAAUUUUACUUUUACAUUUUGAGGACGGUGUAUAUACGUAAGAUUUUAUUAAUCAAUUAUAGAAAAAGGAAAGGCCAAACAAAUAAAUGUAAUAACGAAUAUAAUGUAUGUAGAAAAAUGAAACUAGGAUAGUAGAAAAAAAGGACAGAAGCUCACAUGAACAGAACCAGAUUGUUCAUGGGUCCCCUCUUUCUCUCUCAUCUUAGCCCAUAUCUCUAUCAGUUAUAUACUAUCUUUCUCUCUCUUUCUCUCCUCUUUAUAGUUCUUGAGAGAUUGUUCCUAAUUAUAAUUUGUUUUUCUUCUUGGAGUUAGAGAGCUUCUUGCUCCAUAAACAGUAGAGAGAGAAAGAUUCAUUUGAGAAAAGAUCAGAUAGAACCGUGCUAAUCAGUGAAGUUAGGUGCAAAAAAACCCACUUUCUACUUUUGUAUAAUUAGGUCAAUCUCAUCGACCACCAUACUCUUCUCUCCACCAAUUCUCCUCCCUUUUCUCAAUUCCAAAACUAGGGUUUCAUCUCUCUCUCUUUCCAAAACAAGAAGAUGAAUCAAGAAAAUAUUUAGAGAUUUGAGUUGGGUUCCCCCAAAACAAGAAGAUGAAUCAAGAAAACAAGAAGCCUUUGGAAGAAGCUUCGACUUCAAUGGAGAGAGAGAACAUGUUCGACAAAGUAGUAACACCAAGCGACGUAGGGAAACUAAACCGACUCGUGAUCCCAAAGCAACACGCAGAGAGAUACUUCCCUUUAGACAACUCCUCAACAAACAACAAAGGGUUGCUUCUAGACUUCGAAGACCGUACAGGAAGCUCAUGGAGAUUCCGUUACUCUUACUGGAACAGUAGCCAAAGUUAUGUCAUGACAAAAGGUUGGAGCCGUUUUGUCAAAGACAAGAAGCUUGAUGCUGGUGACAUCGUGUCUUUUCAAAGAGAUCCCUGUAAUAAAGACAAGCUUUACAUAGAUUGGAGGAGACGACCAAAGAUUCCAGAUCAUCAUCAGUUCGCCGGAGCUAUGUUCCCUAGGUUUUACUCUUUCCCUCACCCUCAGAUGCCGACAAGUUUUGAAAGUAGUCACAACCUUUAUCAUCAUCGGUUUCAACGAGAUCUUGGAAUUGGGUAUUAUCCAACGGCUGUGAUUGAAUCUGUGCCGGUGAUAAUGCAAAGGAGAGAAGCACAAGUGGCUAAUAUGGCUUCAUCAAGAGGAGAGAAGAGGUUAAGGCUGUUUGGAGUGGACGUGGAGUGCGGCGGCGGAGGAGGAGGAAGUGUGAAUAGCACGGAGGAAGAGUCGUCGUCUUCCGGUGGUAGUAUGUCACGUGGCGGCGUUUCUAUGGCUGGUGUUGGUUCUCUCCUUCAGUUGAGGUUAGUGAGCAGUGAUGAUGAGUCUUUAGUAGCGAUGGAAGGUGCUACUGUCGAUGAGGAUCAUCACUUGUUUACAACUAAGAAAGGAAAGUCUUCUUUGUCUUUCGAUUUGGAUAUAUGAUUAAUUAUGAGAUUAAUCACUUUAAUACACAUUCUAUAUGAUAGUUAUACAUAUUAUAUAUAUGUGACAUAAGGAUGUCGUUCAAGAUUCAAGGAUAAUAUCAAGAAAUAGCAUGUUCUUUGAAGAUAAGAGUUUGGAUUGAUUAUAAUUGUAUUCAAAAAAAUUCGAAGCGUACUUUCUCGAUGAGUCUCCUCUUAGCUCUGAUGGGUCAGAGUAUAUAUACAGAACAUAAACUUUGGAUAGCUAGGGAUCAGUGUUAAACUUAAAAACCCAUGUCCAUUUGGUCAGAAACUAAUCAGAAGAUAUGGGCUGUCUUAGAAAAGUGAAAUGUAUGUAUAUGUAUAUAUAAAUAUGUAAAUAUUGUGUGUAUACUGACAUUAAAUGGUUAUUGAACUGUUUAGUUUAUUUGAUAUGGCUGCUGUCUGGUUACCGCUGCAUUUCUGAAGCCGUUGUUGCUGCUUAAUUUGUCAACCUGCAGCUUGCAGGAGAAGGGCAGAGACAAAAUUAGACUUAAAAUUUAUAUUUCAAAAUAAUUCGUAUUAUAUCUUAUAGUAUUAAAUUAAAAAAAAAAGAACUUUUCAACUGGGUAAGAUUGAAAAUGUAUGGUCUGUUACUGUUUCACAUACAUUGCUGAUGCAUUAACUGGUACAGAAGUAAUUUUUAUUUUUCUUACUUAGAAGUUAGAACAAAGCUGGUUUCUUUGUCUGGAUCAUUGCACAAGUCAACUCACACAUACAUGUACAUAUAUACUUUAUAUAAGAUACACGCAUGCAGAGUGUUAAACUGUUAAUUAAUCUUAGGUCUUGUAUGGUGUGUUUAUGCGUGUAGCUAACUCCGUUCCUUAAAUUGAAUUCCAUUGUUGAUAUACUGUUUUGGCCAGAAAUAUAAUAAAAUUAACAACUAACACAAUGUGAUGACAAUCAUAGAGAUAAUAUACAUGAAUCUUAUAUAUAGUAUAUAUGUUCUGUUAAAAAAAAAGAAUAUAGUAUAGAUGUAACUGUGUGUAUACAUGUUAUUGUUUUUCAUGGUUUCUGCACACAUAUAGUUACAACUCACGGUGAC